CCCGUUAUCGACGGGAUAAGGAUGCGAAGUGUGUGGGAGUUUGGGCUUGACAGAGGACUCCAGAGACGCUGAGAGGCAACCAGAUAUAACUAUUCAUUUUGUGUAUCUGAGUGUAUUUUUGAGCAUGUCGCGGUUGCUCAAGGCUUUCCAAGUCCAAGUUCUUCAUCGAAAAUUGCCUUUGCAGAGAGUUUUAGCAGAGCGCUCCCUCUGGUUUCCUGCCCGUUGUGUAGGCAGCGCGCCACCCACCAAACCAUCCAAAGAUGGUAAAGAAAAUGAGCCUCCGUUAUCAUCAGUAAAAAAGUGGAAGGAAAAUGCUGAAACGGUUAUAGUUGGAGGUGGUUGUGUUGGAGUUAGCUUGGCUUAUCAUCUUGCCAAAGCUGGGAUGAAAGAUGUUGUUUUGCUGGAGAAGUCGGAGCUAACAGCUGGUUCUACAUGGCAUGCGGCUGGUUUAACAACAUAUUUUCAUCCUGGGAUCAAUUUAAAGAAAAUUCAUCAUUAUAGCAUCAAACUGUAUGGAAGUUUGGAGGAAGAGACAGGGCAGGCAGUUGGCUUCCAUCAGCCUGGCAGCAUCCGAAUUGCUACCACCCCUACCCGAGUGGAUGAAUUUCAUUAUCAGAUGACCCGGACACGGUGGAAUGUGACACCACAAUUUAUGGUUGGCCCUGAAAAGGUGCAGGAACUCUUCCCUCUGAUAAAUAUUGACAAGGUCCUGGCUGGAUUAUAUAACCCUGGAGAUGGCCACAUUGAUCCUUAUUCUCUCACCAUGGCUUUGGCGGCUGGAGCACGACUCUAUGGGGCUGAGCUAUACUUUCCUGCUGCAGUAACAGGUCUUGCACCAAGAUCUGAUGGGACAUGGGACGUGGAAACAGCAAAUGGAACAAUUCAUGCUAACCGAAUUGUGAAUUGUGCAGGAUUUUGGGCCCGUGAAGUUGGAAAGAUGAUUGGAUUGGAUCACCCUCUUGUCCCUGUCCACCAUCAGUAUGUCAUCACCUCAACAAUCCCAGAGGUGAAAUCACUGAAACAUGAGCUCCCUGUUCUCCGUGACCUGGAAGGCUCCUACUAUCUGCGCCAGGAGCGCGAUGGUCUACUUUUUGGCCCCUAUGAAGAUAAGGAGAAGAUGAUGAUACAGGACUCUUGGUUAACAGAUGGUGUCCCACCAGGAUUUGGGAAGGAACUUUUUGAAUCAGAUUUGGAUAGAAUCAUGGAUAAUGUUGAAUGUGCUAUGGAUAUGGUCCCAGUUUUGAAAAAAGCAGACAUAAUUAACAUAAUAUCAGGACCUAUUACUUACACACCAGAUAUACUUCCUAUGGCUGGACCACACCAAGGUGUUCGGAACUACUGGGUGGCCAUUGGAUUUGGGUAUGGAAUCAUUCAUGCAGGUGGGAUUGGAAAGUACCUUAGUGACUGGAUCAUGGAUGGGGAACCUGAUUAUGACCUGAUAGAAAUUGAUCCCAAUCGUUUCGGAAAAUGGACGACAAUCAAAUACGCACUGGAUAAAGCAAGAGAAUCAUAUGGAUUCAACAACAUUGUUGGAUAUCCCAAAGAAGAGAGAUUUGGAGGACGGCCAACAGAAAGAGUAAGUGGAAUUUAUGAAACAUUGAAAGACAAGGCAUCCAUGGGUUUCCAUGCUGGCUGGGAACAGCCACACUGGUUCUACAAACCUGGAGAUGAUCCUGGAUAUAGACCUAGUUUUCGUCGCACAAACUGGUUUGAACCAGUCGGUCGAGAAUGUAAACUGGUCAUGGAAAAAGUUGGCGUUUUUGACCUUACACCUUUUGGCAAAUUUUCUAUGAAAGGAAAAGACUCCAUCAAACUAUUGGACCGCUUGAUUGCAAAUGUCAUUCCAAAGCUGGGUUAUAUAAAUAUCAGUCAUAUGAUUACCCCAAGAGGUCGAGUUUAUGCAGAAGUGACAAUCAGCCACUUAUCAGAAGGAGAGUUCCUGCUGGUGACAGGGUCAGGAUCUGAGCUCCAUGACUUAAGAUAUAUAGAAGAAGAGGCAACAAAUGGUGGCUAUGAGGUUGAUAUUCGUAAUGUUACUGAUGAAAUCGGGGUGUUGGGUGUGGCAGGUCCAUUUUCACGGAAAGUUCUCCAAAAACUCACAAAGGUAGACUUGAGUGGAAAAGCAUUUAAGUUCCUGCAGUGUAAGCCUCUUACUCUGGCUGACAUUCCCCUUACUGCAAUGAGGAUCUCCUAUACAGGUGAGCUCGGCUGGGAACUGUAUCACAAACGAGAGGAUACUGCUGCCCUCUAUCAUGCUAUCAUGGAAGCAGGCCAGGAAUUUGGAAUCGACAACUUUGGAGCAUAUGCCAUGAACUCUUUGCGGCUCGAGAAAGCAUUUAGAGGUUGGGGAGCAGAGAUGAACUGUGACACAAACGCCUUUGAAGCAGGAUUGGACUAUUUCAUCAAGUUAAAUAAACCAACAGAAUUCAUAGGAAAACAGGCUUUACAAAACAUCAAGAAAGAAGGGAUAAAGCGCAAACUAGUGUACUUCACCAUGCAAACUGACAAUGUGGAUCCUGAAGGAAAUGAAAGUAUUUGGUAUGAAGGCAAGGUUGUAGGUAACACUACAUCUGGAGCCUACAGUUACAACACACAACAGAGUGUGGCCUUCGCAUAUGUGCCUGUGGAGCUCAGCAAAAUAGGACAACACCUGGAAGUGGAGCUGCUAAAUAAAAAGUAUAAUGCAGUAAUCAUCCAAGAACCAUUGGUAUUGACGGAACCAACUAGGGCUCGAAUGAAGAAGAAAAGUGAACUUUCAAAUGUUUGAUGGAAGGUAUUAUUUUUAAAAAAAGGCAAUGCCAAUGCUGUAGAUAACAUUGAAACAAAGUAUCUCUUGGCUUUUUAAAUGUGAAAAAUAAGUACAGAGUUGGAAAUUUGUAAGUAAUUUUAAUUAGUUACUUCUGCAAUCUCCAUCUGUCCAACAAACAAAGAGAUCUGUUUUACAAAUACAAUGAAUGUGCUGGGUCAUGUUUCAGUGAGGUAGGAACCAUUUUUAUUGAGCCAUGCUUAAACUGGGACCAAACUUACAAUUACCAGGGAUCCUGUGUGUUUGUGUGAAGAUGCCAACCUCAGCAAAAUGCCCUGCAGGAAGUAUUAUGUACUCUCACUGAUGUUCUAUAGCAGAAUGUCAAUCUUUCCCAUUAUAAGUGCAGUAGGGAAAUUUGCCUCAGUGUUAACAAAACACCCUACGGCCCUAGUAUUAUCAUUGUCUCAAAAGUACACAUCAGAAAUUGCAACCAAUGUAACUAAUUGGAAAAAAUCAAAAAUAUCUAGCCAACUCUUCCAUUUAAGGAUUAAAGACUUCCUCAAACCAAUUAACUAAUGCUUUAAAUAAUUUUUAAUCUGAAUUCAUAAAACACCUGCUGUGGGAUAUGAAAAUCCUUCAACCAAAUGGGACUAAUACUUUGAAACCAAUUAUUUUCCAAAGUCAUGUACCAUCUGCUCCCUUUGUGCAUCUAUCACUCUUUAGCUAUUCAACCAUUAUUAAAUGUAUGGGAGUUUAUUUAAGCUUCACUUCAACAAGGCAGAAAGUCUCACUCAUGACAGGAUGUGAUUCAUGUCUUUUAUAAAACUUGAUAUAACUGAAUAAUGAAAAGUAAAACUGCAGUUAUCCUCUACUAAUUACCUUUGCCGAGUCAAGGAAGUAAAUAGCUGAUCUUGAAUUUGACUUCACCUUUGUGGAUGCUGGUGGAUAUCACAUUUCAGAGUAUGGAUCAGCUGCCUAUGCAAACUUUCAUUUCUAUAACCACAACUACAAACUCUUACAAGUAUCGCUGAAGUGAUUUUAGGAGUAAAAACUUCUUUAAUUGAGUUUAUUUCGAAGUUCAAGUUCAUCCAAGAUCAAAUAUUCACAACACCAACUUAAUCAGCAGCUGUCCUGAACAAAUAGGGUAAUGAUAAAUGAACAUCAAGUAACACUCUUACUCACUGGUCUGCUGUGUUGCAAAGUCAGUGCAGUUAUUAGAUGAGUGGGGGCUGUUGAGAAUUAGGAGGUGCUGAAAAUGAAUAUAUCAAAUUGAAACCGAUUCACAUUGCACCAAUGACAUUAUUGAACUGAAAUGCAUUUCUGCAAAAUAAAUUCUUGUGCUUACUAAAUCCAUCCUGCCAUAAAUAACAGCAAAAUAUUCCAAAAAUGCACUUGUCAAUAAGUAACAAUGGAAACAAGUAACUUGAAACCCUCCUUUGAGCAGGAAUGGGAGGCAUUAACGGGAUUCUUGGAAGUUGUCCAGUAGCUUCUGAUAGAAAGUUAAAGGGAUGACUUAUCCCUUUUAUUAUGAAAUGACUUAAAGGUUAACUACUGGUAUGCUCCUCAAAAGCAAAACAUGAAAAUUAGAGAACUUGAAGAAUGAUAGGAAUAACUCAUAUACAUUCUUUUAUUCAACUCUGUCUUUAGUAUGUUACCAAAUUUAUUCACUAGACAAUUGGUAACGAAUAGUAACAUUUUUUGAAACUGGCCAUACUAUUGUGAAUGAUUUGUUUGAUUUGAAGGAAUGGCAUAGGAAGUAAUGAGGCUAAGAAAUCAUUAUUUGUAAUUCAAAGUAUAAAAUGUGAACUAAUUUAUCAUUAAAUGGAAUAUUACUUGCCUUAAUCUGUAAUAUGUAUGCAUUUGAUUAUAAAAAUCACUGAAUUACAUUAAUACUCUGCAAAUAAAAUGGAUUUAUU